AGACGACCGAGGAGGGUCAACUUCUAUGUUAACGGAGACCGCUAUUUUAAAGGAAAGAAAAUGUUUGUCACUCCAAAUAGAUAUUAUAAUUUCAACGAUUUGUUAAAUGAACUCACUGGAAAACUACCAUCUAAUUUAAAUCUUCCAUACGGUGUACGACAGCUUUAUGAAAAACAUGGCCAGCGAAUCACUGAUGUUGAUGAUUUACAAGAUGGAGAUUGGUAUGUGGCUGCUGGUUUCGAAGGGUUUAAAUCUAUUAAAUAUGGUAGUACUGACAUGGAAGUUUGGUCAAUGACUCACGGUUCAUACUCUAAUAAAAGAUGGUCUGGUCCAUCAGGAACCUCGCCUCAUAAAUUUUCUACCUCUGAUAAUUACGGAAGUAACAAACCCAAGGUCAUUACUGUGGUCAGAAAUGGCGUGGCACCAAGGAGUAACGUGAAAAUUCUUCUGAAUAGGAGGAGUGUUCAGUCCUUUGAGCAGUUGAUGUGUGAUAUUUCGGAAGCGUUUACUGCGAAAGGAAGGAGUCACAAAGUGAACAAACUUUAUACAAUAAAAGGCAAAGCAGUACAAAGUGUGUCAGACUUUUUUCGUAAUGAUGAUGUAUUUAUAGGGGUAGGGUAUGAACAAUUCUCUGUGGAUCAG